AUGGAAUUAACAGACCAGAGGUUAUAUGCCAUAUAUGACGAAGAGCCUCUGGGAUUCGAAAAAGAUCCAGUGACGUCGAGUGCGAAGAUAUUAGCGCAAGAUCCUCUUGAAGAAAUUGAUCUUGGAUAUGGGAGUACAAAAAGAAUCACCUACAUCAGCAUUAAAAUGGACCCCAAGUUGAAAGUAAAAGUAAUUGAACUGCUAAGAGAAAAUAAAGAUUGUUUUGCUUGGGACUAUGACGAGAUGCCUGGUUUGAAGAGGGAACUGGUCGAAUUGAAGUUGCCUAUCAAGGAUGCAACUCCUAAAGAUGAGUAUUCAAUGCAUGUGGCAGAGAUGAUGGUUGACUUAGCUACAGGCUAUGAAUAUCUUAGCAUGCUUGAUGGAUAUUCUGGAUAUAACCAGAUUUUCAUUGCAGAAGAGGAUGUUUCCAAAAUAGCCUUUCGAUGUCCAGGGGCAAUAGGCACUUAUGAGUGGAUAGUUAUGCCCUUUGGUUUAAAAAAUGUUGGGGCAACAUACCAACGAGCAAUGAAUUCUAUAUUCCAUGAUUAUAUAGAGACAUUUAUGCAGGCUAGAGAUUUUCUGGGCUUUGUGGUCCAUAAAAAGGGGAUAGAAAUCAAUCAGAAUAAGCCGAAGGCUAUCAUGGAGACCAAAGCACCAUCAACUAAGAAAGAAUUGCAAUCAUUAUUAGGAAAGAUAAAUUUCCUGAGAAGAUUCAUCUUAAACCUAAGUGGUCAAACUCAAGCCUUCUCUCCCCUCAUACGCCUGAAACAAGGGAAUUUCGAAUGGAAUGAUGAACAUCAAAAGGCAUUCGACAAGAUAAAGCAUUAUCUGACGAAUCCUCCUAUCUUGUCACCACCAUGUGGAAAAAAGCCUAUGAGAUUAUUAUUCUUCGACGGUUCCACUCAUAAGGAUGGAAGUGGAGUUGGGAUCAUGAUAAUUUCUCCUGAUGGAAUUCCAACAAAACUCAAAUAUAGAAUUGAAGGUCCCCUUUGUUCUAACAACGAAGCAAAAUAUGAAGCCCUUAUUGCAGGACUUGAGGCUUUGUUGGAAUUGGGGGAAACUAGGGUCGAAACUAAAGGAGACUCAGAAUUAGUAAUUAACCAACUAACGAAAGAGUACAAAUGUAUAAAAGAAAAUUUAAUUAUGUACUUCGUCAUUGCAAAUAGGUUGCUCAAAAAAUUUGAAUAUAUAGACAUAAAACAUGUCCCUAGAAUAAAAAACCAAGAAGCUAAUGACCUAGCACAAAUAACUUCAGGGUAUAGAAUUUCAAAAGAGAAGCUAGAGGAACUUGUCGGAGUAAGAGGAAAAGCAAUGGCUGUCAGAUUGUCUCCGACGGAUUUGGAAAGCACUCAGUUAGGAUAUGCUAACAAAGAAGAGUUUGAAGUACUGGCCAUUGAUACCUUAAUGGAUACAUAUUGGAGGAAUCCAAUUAUUAAUUAUCUCAAGGACCCUUCAAUAGAUACAGAAAUAAAAACCAAGUACAGGGCUUUAUCUUAUGUUUUGAUGGGGAAUGAAUUAUUCAAGAAAACCCCUGAAGGGAUCCUGUUGAAAUGUUUAGGAGAAAACGAGGCGUACUUAACGUUAUCUAGUAAUAAAACAUUAGGGAAAUGGUCCCCACAUUGGGAAGGACCUUUUCGAAUUUUAAAAGCAUUUUCAAAUAAUGCAUACGAAAUAGAAGAACUAGCAGAAGAUCGAAGAAUCCUAAAAGUAAAUGGGAAAUACUUAAAGAAGUAUAAACCAUUUGUGCAUGAAGUUAAAAUCAUAACAACGUAG